AUGAAGUGCUUUUUCCUAGAGAAAUUUUUUCCUGCAUCACGAGCUGCCAGCAUAAGGAAAGACAUAUGUGGUAUUCGCCAACUGAAUGGAGAAACUUUAUACGAGUAUUGGGAGCGUUUCAAAAUGUUGUGUGCAAGCUGCCCACAUCAUCAAAUUCCCGAGCAGCUCUUGAUCCAAUAUUUCUAUGAGGGGUUAAUGCCAAUGGAUAGGAACAUGAUUGAUACUGCCAGUGGUGGAGCACUAAUGGACAAAACACCAGCAGCUGCAAGAACUUUGAUUGCAAACAUGGCAGCAAAUUCACAGCAAUUUGGGGCACGUACGGAGCAUCCAGCCAAGCAAGUUAGUGAGGUAAGUACUUCUAACAUUGAACGUCAAAUUUUUGACUUGACUACUUUGGUGAAACAAAUGGCUAUAGGAUCUUUACAAGCAGCAAAAGUAUGUGGCAUUUGUACGAUGGUUGGGCAUCCGACGGAUAUGUGUCCCACUUUGCAAGAGGAGGACUCAACACAGCAAGCUAAUGCCAUAGGAGGUUUUCCAGGGCAACUUCAACGGAAAUUUGACCCAUACCCCAACACAUAUACCCCAGGAUUUAAACAUCCAAAUUUGAGUUAUGGCAAUCCAGCAACUGCCCAGAAUAGUUUCCAAUUUCCUUAUCCAGCUAGACAACAACAAGGGACACAACCUCCAAAUUCAGGUAUGGCACUUGAUGAAAUCAUUAAAACAUUGGCUAAUAAUACUCAACAAUUUCAACAGGAAACAAGGAGUAGCGUUCAAAAUCUGGAGAAACAAAUUAGCCAAUUGGCUACGGCAGUGAGCAAUCUUGAGGCUCAAGGAUCCGGGAAGUUACCGUCUCAAACAAUUGUUAAUCCUCGAGAGAAUGCAAGUGCUGUCACAUUGCGAAGUGGGACAAAAACCGUUGAUUCCAAUCAACAUCCUAUGGUUUCAGCCCAGAAAAAGGAAGAGGAGAGGGAGGCCGACAAUGACAUUAAAGAUUCUUCUAAGGUAACUUCUCAAACCACUAUGCCGAAUUCUUCUAAUACUAUUCCUGUUCCUUUUCCUAGCAGGUUGGCCAAGUCUAAGAAAGAGCAACAGGAGAAAGAUAUCCUAGAGACCUUCAGAAAAUUUGAAGUAAAUAUCCCAUUGUUGGAUGCCAUCAAACAAGUUCCAAAGUAUGCAAAAUUAAUCAAGGAAUUGUGUACUACGAAGAGGAAAUUAAGGAGUGACGAGAAGGUCAAGGUGGGGGAGAAUGUGUCAGCCAUGAUCCAGCGUAAGCUACCUCCAAAACAAAAAGAUCCAGGAAUGUUUACAAUUCCAUGUGUGAUUGGUAACAAAAAAAAUUGA